ACUAAAGCAGCUGUUGAUUUUUUUUAAUUCGCACCAGUUAUUUUUCCAAUAUAAUGUUAAAUUUCGGGUUAAUAUUUUGUCUUAUCAGUUAGGAGAUGCAAUUUAUGUUUUUUUAAUAUUUAUUCCGUGAAUACAAAUUACAGGAUUUUAAAGUGUCAAGUAGAUUCUUCAAUGGUAACUGACAUUAAAAAAAGGUUAAAUCAAGUCAGUUGAAAAUAAUGAAAUAGAAAUAGUGAAAACGUUCAGGAAAUGGGAUAUUGACUGCCGAGAAAAUAAGGUAAGGUCUUAACUUGUACACCCUGCCACUGGAUGAAGCUAUGAAACGUCAAAAGUUGACCUUUUGUCCCAAUCAUUGUGGUUGACCUGCUAUUAUCCAUUUUCAGUAUUCUCUUAUUUAGUUUCGGGUUUCAAGCUCUACAAUGAUCGUCAUAUCAUCAUUAGUUAAUCGCUGCGCUAACAAUCCACUCUUGUUUCCUGCCACCUCCCGUUGUUCAUCGCCAAAUGACAAGCGGCUUUGAGAUAUUCGUGCAGAGCAGCCAGUGUGCCUGAAGCAAUCAUUGUCUGAUUGACGCGAGUACGUGGCUCUCCAUUGGGCUGCCGGGCUGUCCGUCGGUCCAGCGCCGAGACGAGACGAGCCGAGCCGAGCCGUCCCUCCGCUGGCCCGGGCUGAGCGCGGAUGUGCUGAGGGCGGAGGUGUCAAAGUGCUUCGCUCACCUGUGGACCGCGGGGGGGUUUCGUACUUGUUUUGGAAGGAAGGUGGCACGCGACUCUCGGUGCUUGUGAGAAAAAGGAGAGAGGGGGGCGAAAGAAAUGCCUGACAGCUGUUGAAUCUACCCUGCUCUCAUCUCCGCGAGGACAGCGAGGAAAGGCAAGGCAAGACAAGGUUGGGAAGAGGAGACAACGCGUGCCCAGUUGAGGACGGCGCUGUGCUUUGGGAGUGAGAGGUGCUGAAAUGGCUGAUGGAGCGGCACCCAAUUGUCAUCUACAACUGGAGUGGGUUUAUGGCUACCGUGGACACCAAUGCCGAAACAACCUCUACUAUACUGCUACCAAGGAAAUCGUUUAUUUCGUUGCAGGUGUUGGGGUGGUUUAUAACACGCGGGAACAUAAACAAAAAUUCUUUCUGGGUCACAACGAUGAUGUAAUCAGUUUAGCGCUCCAUCCAGAACGAACUUUAGUUGCAACAGGGCAGGUGGGGAAGGAGCCGCAUAUAUGUGUAUGGGAUACCUACAACGUGCAGACAAUAUCCAUUUUGAAAGAUGUUCACACACAUGGAAUAGCCUGCUUGGCUUUUGAUCACGAUGGCCAGCGUUUGGUAUCUAUUGGUCUGGAUUCUAAAAACACAAUUUGUGUCUGGGAUUGGAAGAAAGGAAGAGUUCUAGCAACUACACCAGGACACACCGACAGGAUAUUUGAUGUUUCUUGGGACUUGCACCAGCCAAACAAAAUGAUCAGCUGUGGUGUGAAACACAUCAAGUUUUGGAGCUUAUGUGGAAAUACCUUAACAGCGAAACGGGGUGUAUUUGGCAAAACUGGAGAGCUCCAGACCAUUUUGUGCCUGGCCUGUGCACGAGAUGAGAUCACUUAUUCCGGAGCGUUAAAUGGUGACAUUUAUGUGUGGAAAGGGAUUAAUCUGGUGCGAACUGUCCACAAUGCACAUGGAUCAGGAAUCUUCAGUAUGAAUGCCUGUGAAGAGGGAUUUGCCACAGGAGGACGCGAUGGUUGUGUCCGCCUUUGGGAUUUAAGUUUCCAACCCGUAACUUUAAUUGAUCUCAGAGAAACUGAUCAAGGGUACAGAGGUCUCUCAGUGAGGAGUGUAUGUUGGCAAGGUGAUCAUAUUUUGGUUGGCACACAAGACAGUGAAAUCUUUGAAAUCGUAGUUCAUGAACGGAACAAGCCUUUCUUAAUUAUGCAAGGUCAUUGUGAAGGAGAACUCUGGGCCUUGGCAGCACAUCCAACAAAGCCGUUGGCAAUUACUGGGAGUGAUGAUCGAUCUGUUAGAAUAUGGAGUCUUAUUGAUCAUGCUCUGAUUGCUCGAUGCAAUAUGCAAGAACCAAUUCGUUGUGUUGCUGUGAGUUCUGACGGCAUUCAUCUCGCUCUAGGUAUGAAGGACGGUUCUUUCACUGUACUGAGGAUCAGGGAUAUGACCGAAGUCGUUCACAUAAAAGAUAGGAAAGAAGCAAUUCAUGAAUUAAAGUAUUCUGCUGAUGGAGCCUAUUUGGCAGUGGGAUCAAAUGAUAACUCGAUUGAUAUCUAUGGAGUUCUGCAACGAUAUAAAAAAGUUGGCGAGUGUGUUGGAUCUUUGAACUUCAUCACGCACAUGGAUUGGUCAGCUGAUAGUAAAUACUUACAAACCAAUGACGGUUCGGGGAGAAGACUCUUUUACAACAUGCCUUAUGGUAAAGAAAUCACAAAUAAAGAAGAAAUGAAAGCCACUCAAUGGGCAACUUGGACAUGUGUCUUGGGUCCAGAGGUGAAUGGAAUAUGGCCCAAAUAUUUAGAUGUCAAUGAUAUUAAUUCAGUGGAUGCAAAUUUCAACGAUCAUGUUUUAGUUACUGCAGAUGACUAUGGAUUAGUAAAACUUUAUCGAUAUCCCAGUUUUAAAAAAGGAGCAAAGUUUAAGAAAUACAUGGGUCAUUCAGCACAUGUGACCAAUGUGCGGUGGUCUUAUGAUUACCAAUGGGUUAUAUCUAUUGGUGGAGCAGAUCAUUCCGUUUUCCAGUGGCAAUUUAUACCUGAAAAAAAAUCUAAAGAAUUCCUUCAAAUUGUCAUUCAAGAAAGUUUUGCAGACUCGAAUAGUGACCUCUCUGAUUCUGAUCAGUCUGAUGUACCAGAACUUGAUUCCGAGAUUGAGCAAGAAAUACAAAUCAGUUAUCAUCGGCAGAUUUAUAAGGAAGACCUACCUCAACUUAAGGAGAAAUGUAAAGAAAAGCGUCGAGCAGCGACUGCAAAGAAACGAGAAAAAGCUCCCGACAGCAGCUUGCGCUUGCAUUUUGUUCAUGGUUACAGGGGCUAUGAUUGCAGGAAUAAUCUAUUUUACACUCAAAAUGGAGAAAUUGUUUACCAUGUUGCAGCAGUAGGAAUAGUGUAUAAUCGUCAGCAGAAUAUGCAGCGAUUCUACCUUGGCCAUGACGAUGACAUUGUCUGUCUAGCUAUUCAUCCUUUAAGGGAUUAUAUAUCAACAGGCCAGGUGAGCCGUGAUUCUGCAAUUCAUAUCUGGGAUGUGGAGGUAUUGAAGCCACUGUCAAUAUUGAAAGGACAUCAUCAGUUUGGGGUUUGUGCUGUUGAUUUUUCAGCCGAUGGAAAACGUCUGGCAUCAGUUGGGCUGGAUGAAAAUCACACGAUAGUUCUCUGGGAUUGGAAAAAAGGAGAAAAGCUUUCUUCAGUAAGAGGAAGUGCAGAGAAGAUUUUUGUUGUCAAAUUGAAUCCCUAUAUACCAGACAAGUUGGUAACAGCUGGAAUAAAACACAUCAAGUUCUGGCAGCGAGCAGGAGGUGGACUAACAGGAAGAAAAGGCUGUUUUGGAAGCAUGCGGAACACUGAAACCAUAAUGUGUGUGGUAUAUGGUUGGACAGAUGAAAUGGUUUUCUCAGGCACUUCUGCCGGUGAUGUCUGUAUAUGGAAAGAUAUGUUCAUUAUUAAGCGAGUAAAAGCCCACGAUGGUCCAGUUUUCAGCAUGCAAGUGCUGGAGAAAGGGUUUGUCACUGGUGGAAAAGAUGGUGUUGUUGUACUCUGGGACGACACGUUUGACAGAUACCUGAAAACAUAUGUUAUCAAACGUUCUGCACUAGCCCCUGGCUCUAAAGGUCUGUUAAUAGAAGACAACCCUUCUAUUCGUGCCAUAUCCUUAGGCCAUGGCCAUGUACUUGUGGGUACAAAGAAUGGAGAAAUAUUAGAAAUCGAUAAAAGUGGCCCAAUAACCUUGCUGGUUCAGGGUCACAUGGAGGGUGAGGUAUGGGGCUUGGCUGUUCAUCCCCAUUUACCUAUCUGUGCUACCGUCAGUGAUGAUAAAACUCUGAGAAUUUGGGAUCUCUCCCCUAGCCACUGUAUGCUGGCUGUACGUAAACUAAGAAAGGGUGGCAGAUGUUGCUGUUUCUCUCCUGAUGGGAAAUCUCUCGCUGUUGGCCUGAACGAUGGAAGUUUUCAUAUUGUGAAUCCAGACACUCUUGAAGAUCUUGUUACAUUCCAUCACAGAAAAGAGCACAUUUCGGAUAUUAGGUUUUCCCCAGGUCCUGGGAAAUACUUAGCUGUAGCAUCUCAUGAUAACUUUGUAGAUAUCUACAAUAUAAUGAGCAAUAAACGAGUUGGAAUUUGCAGAGGAGCUUCCAGCUACAUAACACAUUUGGACUGGGAUAAAAGAGGUAAACUUUUACAGGUCAAUACUGGUGCUAAGGAACAAUUGUUUUAUGAAGCUCCCCGUGGGAAACCCCAGAUGAUAAAUAAGUCAAAGGUUGAGAAAAUGGACUGGUCGUCUUGGACUUGUGUCUUAGGUCCUUCAUGUGAAGGCAUCUGGCCUAUAAUUAGCGAUGUCACAGAUGUAACUGCAUCCUGUCUUAAUGCUAACAAGAAAGUACUUGCCACGGGUGAUGACUUUGGAUUUGUGAAGUUGUUCCGAUACCCAGUGAAGGCAAAGUAUGGGAAGUUCAAAAAAUACAUUGCUCACAGUUCACACGUAACUAAUGUACGUUGGGCACACAAUGAUAGGUUGCUCGUUACGGUCGGGGGAGCAGACACAUCUGUGAUUAUCUGGACAUAUGAGGUGGAUGGACACAAGCAGUUCAGACAUUAUGAAAGUGAGGAGUCUGAUUUUGACUCUGAUGAAGAUGGAGGUUACGAUAGCGAUGUUGCCCGGGAAAAUGAAAUCAAUUACACCAUUAGAGCCCUUGCAACAAGUCUCCGACCAAUGUCUGGAAUCAAGCCUCAUCUACAGCAGAAAGAGCCUUCACUCGAGGAAAGACCACCUGUUAGUAGGGCUCUGCCUCAGCCUGAGAAACUACAAACAAACAACAUGGGCAAGAGAAAGAAACCCAUUGAGGACCUCACGUUGGUGUUGACAUUUGGAUAUCGUGGUAACGACUGCCGAAACAAUGUGCAUUAUUUAAAUGAUGGUAUGGAUAUCAUUUAUCACACAGCGUCAGUUGGAAUUAUCCACAACAUUGCCACAGGGAUUCAGUCUUUUUAUCUUGAACAUACAGAUGAUAUUCUGUGCCUGACUGUUAAUCAACAUCCCAAAUUCCAAAAGAUAAUUGCAACAGGACAAGUAGGUGAUUCUGCUGACAAACCAGGGACUGCUCCGUUGAUUCAUGUUUGGGAUGUCACAACCAAGCAAACAUUCUCUGUGCUGCGCUGUUAUCAUUCAAAAGGUGUUUGCUGUGUCAGUUUUAGUGCAACAGGUAAACUCCUCCUCUCUGUUGGACUGGAUGCUCAAUAUACCAUCACUGUCUGGAGAUGGCAAGAAGGUACCAAAGUUACCAGUAAAAGUGGCCACACCAAGAGAAUUUUUGUGGCAGAAUUCAGGCCGGAUUCUGAUACCCAGUUUGUGUCAGUGGGGGUGAAACAUGUUCGGUUUUGGACCAUUGCUGGUAAAGCUUUGCUGAGCAAAAAAGGCAACUUAAAUUCAAUUGAAGAUGCCAGGAUGCAAACAAUGCUUGCUGUAGCUUUUGGAGCUAAUAACUUGACAUUUACAGGUACCAUCAGUGGAGACGUUUAUGUUUGGAGGGAACAUCUUCUCAUCCGAAUUGUAGCCAAAGCACAUAAUGGACCCGUGUUUACAAUGUACACUACGUUACGAGAUGGCCUGAUAGUUACAGGAGGCAAAGAAAGACCGUCCAAAGAAGGUGGAGCAGUGAAACUGUGGGACCAAGAAUUGAAGCGAUGCCGGGCUUUCAGACUGGAAACUGGGCAGACGAUGGACAUUGUGCGUUCAGUCUGCAGGUGCAAGGGAAAAAUUUUGGUUGGAACGAGAAAUGCAGAGAUCAUUGAGGUUGGUGAGAAGAAUGCUGCAUGCAACAUUUUAAUUAAUAAUCACAUGGAUGGACCAAUCAGGGGUCUUUCAACUCAUCCCGUCAAAGAUAUCUUUCUGUCUGCAGCUGAAGAUGGGACUGUUAGAUUAUGGGACAUUACUGAAAAGAAGAUGCUGAAUAAAGUAAACUUGGGUCAUCCUGCUCAAACAGUUGCCUACAGCCCCGAGGGAGAAAUGGUAGCCAUUGGCAUGAAAAAUGGCGAGUUCAUUAUCCUUGUGGUAACAUCAUUAACAAUCUGGGGCAAGAAACGAGACAGAAGAUCUUCCAUUCAAGAUAUCAAGUUCAGCCCAAACUCUCAAUAUUUGGCUGUGGGGACAUGUGAAAAUGCCAUAGACUUUUAUGACCUAAGAUUAGGACCAUCUCUAAAUCGAAUUAGUUAUUGCAAAGAUAUUGGCAGCUUUGUUAUCCAAAUUGACUUUUCAGCAGACAACAAUUAUAUCCAGGUUUCAACUGGAUCUUAUAAACGAUUGGUGUACGAGGUGCCUUUGGGAAAACAAGUUACGGAGCAAUCUCGGAUUGACAGAAUAACUUGGGCUACUUGGACCAGUAUUCUAGGUGAUGAAGUCAUUGGAAUUUGGUCUCGAAAUCUUGAUAAAGCUGAUGUGAAUUGUGCCUGUGUGUCUCACUCCGGACUCAACAUUGUAACAGGAGAUGACUUUGGCAUGGUGAAACUCUUUGACUUUCCCUGCACAGAGAAAUUUGCAAAACACAAAAAGUAUUUGGGUCACUCUACCCAGAUCACCAACAUAAAGUUCACAAGUGGAGACAGAUACGUUGUCAGUGCUGGAGGACAAGAUUGUAGUUUGUUUGUCUGGAAGUGUUUAUGAAAAUAGCAAUUAAUCAAAAGAAAGCAAAUGGCCGUGAAGCAGAACCUGAAUCGAGCAGUCGCGAAGCUCAGUUUAAUGAGAAAAAAUACAAAGAGCUCAAGAUUUAAAAAUAACAAGGCAGCUAACACUAUCUGCAAGCUAAAUUGGGAAGGCAUUUUGGUAAAUGCUUAAACUAUUUUUGUUUUAAGGCAUUUUACCAGAUUUUCUACUGCACAGCCAUAUGUAUAUUAAUUGAUGCAGUUGAAACAGUGUUCAAAUCACAUUCUUGAAUUUUAGGCAUAGCUUGUGUUCUAACUUUAAUGUUGACUUACAAAUUACUUUGACCAUUUUACAUCUAUGGUCCUGUUGUCAAGGACAGAAUUUCUAAACAAUCAUGUGGCAAUGCCAUGAAAAUGGUUAAUUGAGUUCUAUCAAUAUACUAAAAAGUAAAUAUUGUAAGUACACUGCUAAAUGUAACACAAACUUAAUAUCUUCAAUCUUGUGCUGUAGCUGAUUUGGUAAGCAGCCUUAGGACAUUUAUAGUAAACAGUUGCUUUUACUUUUUUUUAAAUGCUGGUGAGUGUUCUCAAUAAAACUAUGUAAUAACUGAUGGCCUUCAUCUUGAAUGUACCUAACCAUUUAAAUUGAAAAGCUGAAGCAAGCAUGCCAAAGCAUACAAUGCACUAUUGUACCAAUCACUGUGGCUACUUGAACAAUUACAUCUGGUUCAGUGUAAUAAGUUUAAUUUUAAACUUGUAUCUUUUGACUUUAAGUGUCAAAUUUGUGAUUCUGCAUAUUAUCAUUUUUUUCAU